CUACAUAAUUUUUGACAACCAUCAUCGAAGAAAAAGCGGCGUUUUGUGAUUUUUCUUGUAAACAAAAAUUUCUAAAAUUUUUAUUUAUUAACCGAAUAAUUAAAUAAUGUCAAGUAGUUCAGUAGAUUUAAGUUCAUACCGCGACCAGCAUUUUAAGGGGUCUCGGUCCGAACAAGAACGCUCAUUACGAGACACUACCACAUUGUAUGUCGGAAAUUUAUCUUUUUACACAACCGAGGAACAAAUUCAUGAACUAUUUUCAAGAUGUGGUGAGGUUAGAAGAAUUAUCAUGGGACUGGAUAAAUAUAAAAAAACACCUUGUGGAUUCUGUUUCGUAGAAUAUUACCAGAGAAAUGAAGCUGAAAUAGCAAUGAGAUAUGUUAAUGGGACACGUUUAGAUGACCGUCUAAUUCGUGUAGACUGGGAUGCUGGAUUUAUUGAGGGACGGCAGUAUGGACGUGGCAAGACAGGAGGACAAGUACGUGAUGAAUAUCGUACAGAUUAUGAUGCCGGCCGAGGUGGUUAUGGCAAAUUAUUAUCACAAAAACUUGUUCCAAAUACUGAUAAUCGAUGACUUAGUUGCAAAUAAAUUUAUUUUUUUCUACAUAA